AAAAGUCACAUGACCUUCCGGUCCUGUUGGCAUGCAGUGACUUUGAACCUUGUUGAGUUAAUUAACACAGUUGGAUUGAACUUUCUUUUUCUUUCAAGACCAAACUCGAAUGACGCUGUUUUAAAGCCUCUUGAGGAAAGGCAGAUGAAUAUUUUUUCAGUGAAAGUGGAGCGUUUGGAAAGACAAACAAGGCGGAAUUAUAUUUGUUAUUGGGUAAGCCCUUUGAACUGGACUGGAGACAGGAGUGCGCACCGGUGCGCGUUUUCCUGGAGUAAAAAAUGAAGACACUGCUGAAGACCGGCCAAAGGAACUCAGCAUGGCAUAAACAGAAGAAGUGAAGACGAAGAAGAAGAAAAAAAAACAUCCACUGAUCUUUUGACUGGACGAUUUACACACUGGGGAAAGGGGGGACUUCCAUAUUUGGAAGAGAAGUUCCUUAUCAUACAAGGGCCAUCAGCCUACAGGAAAGGAGGAGUAUCGAUCAAAAUAUGUAUGACAGCGCAAGUGGCUCCGAACCGGCAGAUGCAAUCGGUAGAAGCGGUGGUUUAGAUUCUCAUCAGGAAAGGUCGGCAUUGCUGAAGGAGGGGGCAGAUCCAGAAUGCGGUUUACUAAAUAUGAGAGACUCCUGCGUCCCAGUGAAAGGCACGUCUGGAGACUUCAGUCUGAGCCAGCAGCCUUCGCCCAGGUUCAGCACUAGACCGCUGCCUGCUUCCUCACGGAGAGAGAAGUUACAGAGGCAGUCCGAAGUGAAGGAGACAGAUGGAGGUGGCAGCGGUGCAACCGGCCGGUGCAUCUCACAGAAACUACCGUGCGAUGCGGCAGACAAAUACACCCUUACGCCAGCGAUGAGGAAAACAUAUUUAAAAGAGCUCUUUUUGAACAAUGGUUUGCACAGUGGGUUGGGGAGCAUACUGCAGUCAACUAAGAGCUGCAGCCUGAAAGGGGACCCUGACAACGAUCCGGACCUCGAUUCGGCUAACGAGGAAAAUAACAACCGCGCGUUUCUGGCCCUGGAUCCCGUGGAGCACGCCUGGAUGCUGUCGGUAGUGGAUGGGAAUUACGAUACCAUCGUCGAGUUUUUAUCCGAGGACCCCAAUUUGCUGACUAAACGGGAUUUUGUGACAGGGUUUACAGUUAUCCACUGGUUGGCCAAACACGGGAAACACGAAACAUUGAUACACCUGAUGAGGUUUGCAGAAAGCAAGGACUUCCCUGUGAAUAUUAACCUGAGAGCCAGCGGGGGUCUCACCCCGCUGCAUGUCGCCACCAUGCACGGGCAGGACAUGAUGGUUAAAAUCCUUGUGGGGGCAUACAGCGCCGAUGUUGAUGCCAGGGAUUACAAUGGAAAGAAAGCCUGGCAGUAUCUGAAAAGAAACGCGCCCGCCGAAUUAAGAGAGCUCACUGGGGCAAUGGAUAAAGAGAUGGGGAACAUUGGGUACCACAAUGUAAAUAACAACGGGACAGGCAGAGCGCACCACCUAGCCUCUGAAACGACCGGAGACGAGCUAGAUUGUUCUGUCAAGAAAAGAGAGACCACCAGGUUCGGGUCUUUCCGGAUGCGUUUCCGAUCUUUCUUUUCGUUCCGAAACAGAGGCCCAAUAAAUUUUGUGGGGUCCGCUGACUGAAGCACGGGGGGGUGGUUCUAGAAUGAACCUGGCUGGAAUUAAAUGGCCUUACGUUUUAUAGAGGCUUUAAUUAAAACAAAAAUGAAUUAGCAAGGUCAGACUUUAUUCAGACACAUUAUGAGGUACUUCAGAACUGUGUACAUUGUUU